CGACGAACCCCCCCCGACGAGCUUGUAUUGGCGGCUCGAAGCCAUUGUGGCCCAUCUAUUCUACACGAUUCCCCAAUUGACGUCCUUCGUCCCGGGCAGAGCGUCUACGCUCGCGACACCCAAUCGCACCUCCUUCGGAAGCGCACGAAGCUCAAAGCAUGUCCCGGUAGCAAUGACAGCACUCUGGUCCCGGGCAUUUCGGACCCCGGGUACCUGUAGGUGCAUAUCAUGCGCUGCGACCGCAUCCGCCGUGGCAAGACGCCCCGGAGCGACUGGCCUGCGAGGCGCAUGGGCUUUUGGUUCCCCGACAUCAACUUUCGUCUACACGACCGUAUUCGCAGCGGGUCUUGCUAUCGACGCAAAAGCCAAGCGGAACAGGAGCGGACAAUGGGACUCCGCGUUCGAGACUAUACAGGAGGAGUUGCGCGCACUACAAAGGCCGGGACACCGACGCACCGCAGGCGUUGCAUCCGAACGAGACACGCUGCGCUCUGUGGAAGCAACUCCUAGUGAUCUGGAAUGGGACAAUGCGUUUAAGGCCGCUGGAAUGGAUAUAAUCGACGAUGCCGUGUUGGACAAGCGGCAGGAGCAAUUGCACGCAGCCCUUCUCCCGGAGGUCCUGUGGGACUUGCUGCGCCCGGACGCCCAUCUCAAUGGGCCUUCGCUGCUCGAGUGGCCUGCUAGCACUGGUCCCGGUCCGGGAUCCAGAUACAAUCUGCCUCCCCAGUCUCUUUGGGCAUUGGAGAGUGUGCGCUUGAAGGCCCUGCGCAACAGAGCGACUCGGAAGAAACUCGCCUUGCAGGAGCUCUCAGUGUGUUCGUUGGUCCACAAUUUACUUGGCCAAUCUGAAGCACACUUGUUAUCAGAUGGCGACCUUGCGUCGUUGUCGCCACAUAUCGGCACCGUAGCUCUUCUUACUGAUGACGAGAGACUCACAAUUCGACGUGAAAUUAUGGCGAAUAUGGGAGCACUUGAAACGACCAAAAAGGAGGACUGGCCCGAAGAUACGAUGAGCAUGAGAACGGGUGCAAAGAUUGUGGCUGAGCCUAGUUACUUCCAGGACAGUGACGGGGAUUUCCACCACAUCGCCAAUCAGCUAAACGUGGCCAUCAAGAAAUUGUUCGAGGAGUACUAUGACAAGCGUAAGGAACCACAAGAGAUCGCUUUAGCUACGGCCAAGAUUUGUCACAAUCUGCUCAUCUCAACGGCUGCUCCAAACCUACAGACCUUCAAUAUCCUUCUCACCGGCUUUCGAAAGUGGGAACAACCGCGCCUUGUCGACAACGUCAUCAGGGAGUUGGACGGCUGCAAGAUCCGUCCGGAUGAGAUCACCUGCGCCACUAUUUUGAAUCAUUAUGCGGAGCAACGGCGGCCCGAGCAAUUCAGUAGAUUUGUUGCCAAAAUGCGAGGUGCUGCCAACGCAUUGAUGCUGGCAAGACCCGAUGUCACCGUCAACGAAGCGGGGAAUGGCCGCCUGAUUCGUAUCAGCGAGACAAAGGUUUUGCAGAAGGUUUAUCCUACGCCUAUGGUAUUCGAUGCUCUCAUGCAUGGCGUCUUGACAUUCGCUGGCUUCGAAAGAGCGAUGGACAUUUACUUUGAGAUGAAGAGCGACGGUUGGGGUUUGAGCAUGGUUGGACUAUCUCGCUUUCUGGACGAUUGCCUGCAUCGUGCCGACUGGCAGGGAGGCCUGAUCGUUUGGGAAGAAAUUGCGAGCAUCAAGGGCCGCAUCCAACCCGAACUUCUUGCUAAGGCGUAUGCACAAUUCUUAAGCUUGUGCUCCGUUUCACAGAAACCGGCAGCUUUCAAUACCGUCCUUAACGAUGUGGUCAAACAGGGCUACAAUCGUAAAUCGAUUUUGACAUGGUACAAGGAAAUCAGAAACGCCAUAAGACCACAGAAAGGCUACCUGGCGCCGGCUUUCACGGCUGAUAAUCUUCUCAUCGCGGUGUCAGGUUACAUGAAGACCAAUGAGGCUACAGACGCUGAGACGGUGCCUUUUUUCGAGGAAAUCAACGCAGACUUGGUUGAGACCCACCUGCACCCUCAGCAGCAAGGUACCGCGGAGCAUGUUGAUCCUUGGACUGCAUGGGUGGAGCAUGAGCUCGGCGAGCCAAUCCAGACCAAACAGCCAUACGAGGCCACGGAGCCCGCCACAUCGCUAGCCCUCAAGGAAAAUUCAGAGGAUGCUCCACGGACCAUGCAGCCUCAGGCACAGGGUACUGCGAAUGAGGUUGAUCCAUGGGCUGUAUGGAUGGAGCAUGAGCUUCGUGGGACCGUGUCAGGCGAAGCACCGCCACCAGACGACAGCAGUGUAAUAGCCAAACGCGGGAAGGAUUCGUAAAUCCUACCGCGAGGCAGUCCUGCUUCAUCUCCCAUCUCUUCGUUUGGUCACCCAAAAUGUGAAAAAGUUGGCGAAAUACCUACACGGCCUGCAAAGUGGUUGAGGAAAAAAAAAUUAAUUCCAACUGUAUAUUGUUUGUAAAUCUCUUGUACUGUACAUAGACGCAUUUUAUGGAUGGCGGAACGAAGCUGCAUUUGUAAUGGCGCCGACGGCAUUUUGGGCACAGCGAAGCGCACAUACGCUUGGCUUGUAUUGUAGUAUACUGCGAAGGUUGUAUACCAAAGCAUCAGGAAAGC